UUAUAGUAUGCUUUCAACAUUGAUUUAUCUUUGUGAGAGAACCAAAACACAUGUUCAGGCACCACACUCAAUUCUGCCGACUGGCUGCAAAGCUUUCAGUUCCACUUGAGCAGGAAAAACCCAGAAUCUGUGGAAUAUAUUUAGCAAUCAUGCAGUUUCUAAGGGGAACCAGGCCCUACCAGAACCAUUUCUUCUUGCAUUCCUUCAUUUUAAAUCAACAGAAAGCUAGAUUUUGUUUUUAAGAUGUAUUAGUCUUUGUGUUUCACAGAAACUAUUGGGAAAGAAACAGAAAAGUAAUGGUUUAAAGCCUCUAAAACAGCCUUCAGAACCAUACCAGAAUAAUCCAGGGUUCUUUAUUUUGGGCCUAUUGUACCUUCAUAAACUCAUUUUGUACUUGGAAAUCAAAGCAUGACAUUCCUUUAUACUUUCAACAUUAAUCAUUAACCACACAGAGCAUUAGCAGGUUCAUUUCAGUACACACUGCCCCCACUAUUUUGAACUGGGUGGUGUAAAUCAAAUAAAGAUAAGGGUUUGACUCCACAUAACUCUCGGCCUCUUUCUAAAUGUAUCGGAUGAUGCAGUUACACAACUGCACUGUUCAACCCACCUUGGUUCAUCAUAUAAACUCGCAUCUCACAGCGCUGCAGUGCACACUGCUUCCACUUGUUUGCCACGAUAGCAAGUAAACAACUGACCACAUCCAGCGGGAACCAUGCAGUCUGCCGACGCCAAAUUCAAGAGAAACAGCCUGUUCCUGGCUCUGAGACGAUACAGCUCAGCCGUCAGUGAAAUGGAGCAGACCAUUCUUCUGCCAAGCCUGCUGAGAGACAUGCCCUCAGACGAGGUGUGGGACUGUGAAGCUGCAGAAGAGACCUGCAAAGACCUGUACAGCAACUACUUGAUGCUCAAAGCCAUACGGACCACAGUGGAGAGUGGUCUAAUUCGCCUGGACGAUCACAAGGCCAAAAACAACAUAGCACUAAACAAGACCCUGGAGCCUCUCUUGGACACAGAUCCUGAAGCCCUCUUCCACUUCCACGUGAGAGGACUGUUUUCUGUGAUGAGUGACCUCACCAAGAAGACGCAGACUCUCACUGAGAAAUACAUGGACAUUAUUGGGAUAGCAAAUUAGUCACAAAACCUAAGAUAUGUGGACAUCUGUUUUUAAGAGAGUCAUCUAAGACACCCAACCAUAGCAAAUGUCUGAAAUGUUUACAUUCAGUGACCCCAGACAAACCUAAUGAAUAAGGAAUAAAUAUACAUUGUCAAAAUUAA